ACUCGAGGGCCAAAUGUACUCUCUCCCUCUCUCUCUCUCAAGCCUUCAAACUGGCAUUCAAAGUAACCAAAGUUGAAAUGGGACUGUGAUCGAGAGAGUUAUCGUAUAAUACUUGCAACGAAGGAAAGGUAACAUACUUACCAAACCCUUGUAAUUUGUCGAUCACCAGAUAUUCCUCUUUCAGAGCACCGGUGGCGAAAGAGCCAAGAGUAGGAGCCGGAGAUCAGCUGAAUUUCAGUGGUUAGACGCUGAGCAUGGAGAGUGGUGAUAGGGAAAUAGCAGAUUAGGGCAUGAGACCGCCAUCAACAUUCCCGAAGACAAAGAGCAACCGUUCCUUAGGUUUGGUUCUGAUGAUAAAUUAAGAUUAGCAAGUGCAGAGCUCAAGGCUCCCUCAAAUUGGUCCGUGGAUCCUAAAAUUCGGAGGCGAAACCCUCUUGGGUAUGAGCCUCAGGUAGUCUGGCUCGGUCUUUUCCAUGACGGAGCCAAACGAGAGAGAUGCCGACUCCUAAAGGAACUUGCCAUGCGCGUCGUAAUGACGAGGAGCGGCAAGUCAAAAGAGUGGAUGCGUGAACCAUUGUUAUAAGGAAAUGCUAAGAUGCAGUUACCGGAUACGAUCGUACUUCAGACAUGAAGAAGUUGGAGGCAAUGAAGGAACAGAUUGUGGAGGCGAUGGUGAUGGACAGACUGUUCGUGUUGGAGGUGAUGUACACGGCGAUCCUGACGACGUUCCAGGUCGACGUAUUGCAGUAUCCAAGCAAGAAAUUGGGGUACUCAAGCGAUCACUCUGUGUUUGGGAUGAGAGAGUAUGCGACGGAUCUCCCCAAGGUAAUGAUGGAUAUAACCAGAUCCCCAUGCAGCUCUUGGAGGCUCUCAGGUCUCCUCAGUGGUAUCCAAGUAAGUGGCCUAAGGCAGCGGCCACAAGUUCUUGAUCCUGAUGUAGGCGUGCCAGAUGCUUAUCCUGUGGCCAACCUCCGUUCCAACUGCAUCCCGAGUGCCUCAGCGUUGCAGAGAGCGGGGAUCAUCUCCUUCGAAGGGAACUGCACAGGCUCCCUCAGGAUCGAGUUUUUUGCAGAGAGCGGGGAUCAUCUCCUACGAAGGAAGCUGCACAGGCUCCCUCAGGAUCGAGUUUUUUGCAGAGAGCGGGGAUCGUCUCCUACAAAGGGAGCUGCACAGGCUCCCUCAGGAUCGAGUUUUUUUGGGAGCUGCACAGGCUCCCUCAGCUGUAAUGGUACUCUCAUCAUUCCAUGCAUGCGCCUCAACAAGUUCGCCGUGGAUUUGCUGCUCAACAUGCUUGAGUGCGGGAGUAGCAUGCCUUGGUUAUGCUUAACAACAGCAUCUUAUGUGAUGGUGAUGCGAGACCUGGUCCGUGAGCCGAACGAUGUGCCGGUGUUGUGCUCGGCGGGGAUCCUCGAAAAUGAUUUGAGCAGCAACGCUGAUGCCUCGGUCCUCUUUACGCAGGUUUUCUACUCAGGGAUUGCCUCCCGCUGGUGGCCACCAUUCCCGUUGGUAAGCUAUGAGUCCAUCCGGCUUCAGGUGAACAGCCGCAAGCAGCCUGUGAUGGCCAGGUUGUUUAUGACCUUCUCCAUCCUUGUCAUAGGCCUCUCCAUUAUCCAGACUCUCUACACAGUGCUUUAGUUUCACAAGGGGUAAUUGUAGUCAUUGUACUCUAUAUUUUCUUUCUUAAACUAUUACUGUAUUAUUAUACGGUUUUAACCAGUCAACCACCCGUUUCAAUUGGCCGGCCGAAGAAUACAC